UCUCCAUAUGCCGUUAGGGUUUACGGGAACCUUCACUAUCUAUAUAUAUAUAUAUAUAUAGACGCCUCUUUGCAGUAUUAGGAUUUCUGUGCGGCGGAGAAGCGGGAGAGUCGAUUCGUUGACAAUGGCGAGGAUCAAGGUGCACGAGCUUCGCGGGAAGACUAAGGUGGAACUCCAGAGCCAACUGAAGGACCUGAAGAAUGAGCUUUCUCUCCUUCGCGUCGCUAAAGUCACCGGCGGCGCCCCCAACAAGCUCUCCAAGAUAAAGGUGGUGAGGCUGUCGAUCGCCCGGGUGUUGACCGUGAUCUCGCAGAAGCAGAAGGCCGCACUGAGGGAGGUCUACAAGAAGAAGAAACUCAUGCCUCUGGAUCUCCGCCCCAAGAAGACACGGGCUAUUCGCCGUCGGCUUACCAAACAUCAGGAGUCUUUGAAGACGGAACGUGAGAAGAAAAAGGAGAUGUAUUUCCCGAUGAGGAAGUACGCAAUCAAAGCUUAAAAUUACAACAUCGGAUGAUUCUCUUAUUGCUCUUUAAUUUUCAUUAUUUGUUUCCAAGUUUUGGCUGUUAAUUUGCAGAAUAAGUUGCAUCACGAUGGCCAUGAUUUUGUGGUAGCAAAUUGAUAGCAGCUUCUUUUCGAUUUCUGAAUCACCUACUUGAUCUAGCAUUCCAUUUA